AAACGACCUCUUUGCCUUAAGUCAUUUCUCACCACUCGCCGCCCUUGAACCCCUUCCUCUCAAACUCUCUCUGCAACUUCACCUAAACCCUAGUCGUCGUUGCCCAAAUUCCCCUAAUCCCUUUCAAUCCCUACCUAAUCCAUGGACUCCUAUGGCGGUUUGAGGCAUGUACUCUUCAAAAUACCCAAUUCCCAAAAGGAAAUGAGUCAUUACACCCAAUGAAUGUCGAAACCCAGACUCCUCUCCGAUGGAAGGGGGAAAAGGGGGCGCGACAAGCUUCUCACAGGUGAUGAAUAUCUUUAAAAGCUUCUUUAAGGCUGUGUAUGUGAUACCAUGCACUGUUUCGCCUCCAAAAAUACACUAACCAUUCUCUUUGGAGAUAGAUCCUAAGGUGGCUCUUCCUUUAUCAUAUUCUUCAUAUACGACAGAUUCUUUUUUCAAUAAAUGUUUGGUGAGUAUCCCUAUUUGAGGAGACAAUUCACCUCAUUUUGUAGGACUAUGUAGUUGGUAGUUUUGUUGCUGCGACCAUUAUGGAAUUCGCACCAAAACUCCUGGCUCUGCUUAUUUAGAUAUAUUCUUAUCUCCUUCGGCCAUCUCACUUUGUCCCCAUGUCUUCUAGUACCGCUACCAGUUCAGUGGUGCUAACAUUAAAGUUAUAGUCGACCAGAUUUGGUCAGAGGUGGUAGUCACUGAUUUUUGAUGUUUUUGGUCCGUUUCUUGCUCGAUGGGGUACCGUGUCAUUCCUUCGUCCGGAGUUUCUUUUAUUACGCCAUGAUCCUGGCUUCCGAUCAUUUUUCUGGUGCAUGGGUCUGGAGUAAGGUUCAUACCGGUUUGUGGAAUUUCGAUGUCUGGGCUCGUCUUGUCUGUGAACUGCUUCAGAACGACUGUUCUAUCAUUUCCUCACUUUGAAUCCUGGGAGUAGUAAGAUAUCAACUUCUAUUCGAAGUUUAGUGUGGUAUCUGUGGGACACAACGUUCCAUAUUUUGGUCAGAAACUCCCCUAGGAUUUCUUUGAAGCUUCGAAACAGUUCGGUUUACAUUUUCUUGUAAAAAUCAUAGCGACCCAAUUUUUCAGAACCUCAAGAAGUAGAAUCCAUUCCCUCUAAAAUCGACAGAUAAAAUCUCGAGGCUACUCCUUUCUUCCUUGCAUGACUUUAAAGAUUUCCUUAACUUGCUUCUUCACCUUUUGGGUUUCGGAGUGUGCUUUGAUGAAAGCAUCUUCAAGUUCAACAGAAGAACUAAUAGAAUUUUUAGGUAAGUGAAAAUACUAGGUUAAAGCUUCCUCUGUUAGGAUUUUUUCGAACUUCUUGACGAGCAUUAAUCUGAUUUGUCCUUCGUGAGGCCAUUCCCCUUGAUCCCGGUCAUACAAGCCAUGACAUGAUCGGGUGGGUCCAGGUUCUAUCGUAUUUUGGGAUGUCCAACAUUUUAAACUUCUUAGGGAUCGACAGUGGGGUUGCACUUGGUUUCGUUGUUGUUGAGAGUAUUUGCUUAUGUCGAUCCCUUUGACAACAAGCGGGACUCCCGGGAUCGGUUCAAUGCUCUUGUUAUGUUCCUUGAUCUAUUGCUACAGGUAUGGUUCGAAUUGUGAAACGUGAACCUGUGAAUACUCGAAGUAGCGGCGGAGUAUCGGCGAGCACUAGCAAUGGCCAUAACGACGGUUCUGUAGAGGUAGAAGCUUCUGGACGACGUCGUUUAGUUCUUCCCGAAGAAACUACGAUCUUAAAACGCGAAAAAGUUAGCACUCGUAUUCGUCAAAAUAGAGGAGCACAGAGUAAUGGAGGAGUAUCAACAGAAGAAGACACUGUUGGACUACGCAGAGUUCUUCGAUCUCAUUAUCUCUCCGUUAAGUCUCGUAUUUCUGAUGAGAGAGAUGAUAUAUCAAAAGUUGAUUCAGAUAAAUUCAAGUCAAUAAUUGAGGAAGUCGAAAGACUACAUCAACGUGUACAAAAACCUAGGGAACAGGUUGCGGAUGCAGAAGCCCUGUUGGACAUCACAAACACACUGGUGACUUCGGUGAAGGCCCAUGGUAAUGAAGGAGUGACCCCUUCAGAUUUUGUUAGUUGCCUACUAAGGGACUUUGAUCAAGAAGGUGGAUCUAGCAGUAUAACAGGAGAGGAUAGGGACUCUAUCCGCUGGAAGUACAUUGGCUGUGUAGUCUCUCAUGUUUUCAGGAGUGCUCCUGGUUGCUGUACAAUGAUAGGGCCUAUGAAUACUGAAGUGAAGCAACGCAUGCCUGUCGUUCACAGAAAGCGUGUGAGGCCAACAGAAAGUGAACACCCUGAGGAGCUUGAAGAUACUGUUGAUGAGGAGAAGACAGACACUGACAAGAAUAUGGCUACAAUGUUUCAAAUUCUAAGGAAGCACAAGAAUGUCAGGCUUGAAAACUUAAUACUGAACAGAAAGAGCUUUGCACAGACAGUUGAAAAUUUAUUUGCCCUAUCGUUUCUAAUUAAAGAUGGACGAGCUGAUAUUACCGUUGAUGAAAAAGGCUGUCAUCUAGUUUCACCAAGGAAUGGUCCUGCUGCUAAUGCAGUCCUUUCUGGGGAGGUUUCUUACAGCCACUUCGUCUUUAGAUUUGACUUCCAGGAUUGGAAGCUUAUGUUGGGGACAGUUAAUGCUGGAGAAGAAUUAAUGCCACACAGAACUGAAGCUGAGAUACCAACCAAUUUUCAACCAGCAUCAACCUCUGAAGCAACUGAACGACCUGUGCAAACUACACCAAUAAGGAAAUUGACUAGGAAUCGGGGUCUGGUUUUUCAAGAGCAGAGUGUUGUUGAAGAAUCCCCAGAAAGUGACAAUUGCCAAGGAGCUGCUGCUGACCGGAAAGGAAAGCGAAAACUGAUAUAAGAUUGACUGGCUGCAACUUGUCAACUCUGAAGUGAUGCAGGAAGAGCAUUCUGCUAUUUUUGGGGGAAUCCAGUAUUAUUUGAAUUCGGCAGAGUUUUCUUUUUGGUUUCCCUUUGGACCUCGAGGUACUUAUUUUAAAAAAAUGUAUCUAAUGUAGAGUUACCAAAUGCACAUUCUCUUGUCUAUUAUCUAAUGGAUGAUAUUGUACAGAUUUUACCGUUGAA